AUAGCGGGUUUAGCUUUAAUUGUCAACCUGGGUCCAAGAUGUGAUUACUAUUCCGUGAAGUUCUUAUUAUUUAGCGGUUUAACUGUAGUGAAAUAUUAACUAAGCUAAACAACCACAAAGCAGUAAAAGUUGUGGUUUAAGUCAGAGAGAGGUUAUCCAGAUAUGGUUCCCCCUAGAUAGCAGUUAAGUCGGGUUGUAAUUCUCCAAGUCCAGAUUCAAUGACAGUUAUACUGAGGAAGGCUUUUAUUCAGUCUGAAGUCUUGACUAAAGGUCUCCAGACUCCCUCAAUCUGAAUACUCGGCGGGCUACUAAUCUCCAGCGGAGUAAAAAAACUAAGACCCUAACGUGCAAAACCUCCUCUACUAGAGUAAAUCCAGUACAGAGCAGUGAAUUGACUCCUCGACUAAAGUAAUCAAUUCACCACUUUCAAUUAAGGGUGCUCUACUAACCUUUAGCAUAUAUUCUCUUUCUAGGUCAAAGCAGGAACUACAGAAAUUUGAUCAGGAUUCAUGCAAUUCAGAAAAUCAUACCUCAAUUGAAUAUAUUCAACGUCAAAAGAACAUGUACUUGGGUUCAUACAACCAAACCUAACAUACAAAUCUAGGGUUCUUCAUACCCAGGAGAGAUAGAAAGUUUACUCCAUAGAGAGAGAAGAGAAAUCAACUUCAGAUGCAAAAAUCAUUCUAUGGAGUAUGAAAAUUGGCUUCCGGUAAUCAAUCGACACUUCUCAAAGCUUCAAUCGAGCUCCAAUGAUGUUGAAUCUCGAUCUAGGUCACUUGAAGGCUUUGUUCGUCACUUUCUCUAUCUAGGUUUUUGCUUUCUUUUUCUAAAACUCGAAUCCCCCUCCAAAGAAACCCGAAAUUCCCUUGAAACGGUAGAAGCUCGCGAUACCCGGCCCAAAUACCCGGUCGGGUAUUCAUGGGAACCGACCGGGUAUUAUGAAACGCAGUGCGCAGGCACAAGGGGAAAUACCCGAUCCCGGGCUAAAAUACUCGAUCGGGUAUUUAUGCUUCUCGGUCGGGCCCCCUUCUGCUUCUACGGGUAUCCAAGUGACUUUAGCCGGUCCAAUACCCGAUCGGGUAUUUGAGUGACCUGACCAGGUAUUUGGCCUUUCAGCUCCUCCUUGCCGCCAAUGCUUCAUUUCAAACCCAAAACUCGCUUCCAAGCCUCCAUUUCCACGCCAAGUCUUGAAAUAUGACAUAAACGCACAACCUAGCGUGAAAUCAGAUUAAAACACAAGAAUCGACCCUCAAACGGUUCAAUAAUUGUGGCCAAAAUAUGUGCAUAUAACGAACGGUCUAUCAGGUUACCCUCCUGGCUAUUUUGAGAAGGGCGGUAACAAAGGUGGAGCGAAUCUGUCUCGCAGACCUGAAGAUCGUGGUCGUGGGGGGCUCAAGUCAGUUGCUAUGGGUGCUGAUGUGAGUCCCAUUACAGAUUUCACAAAGUCGCAAGUGAAAACGCUCUGUAAGUUUCUUGGCGGGGAACCCAAAGCUUCUCUCGACAAUGAUUGGGCAGGUAAAACGUCUGCCACUUGUGAUUUCUUGGAUUCUGGCUGUAAUGACCACAUAGCUAUACAUAUUGGAACUCUUACCAAUUCCACUCUUGAAUUUGAUUUCCGAGUUAGUAUACCAAAUGGUGAUGCAUUAGGGGUUACUCGUAUAGGGUCGGUAAUGUUGCAGAAUGGGAUGGUGUUGCCUCGAGUGCUUCUCGUACCAGAUUUCAAGUGCAAUCUCUUAUUCAUUAGCCGUCUUACCAAGGAUUUUCCGUUAGCAUUGGUUUUUCUACACGACUUCUUUGUGAUCCUAGACUUACGCUCCAGGAGGAUGAUUGGGAUGGGUAAUCAGCAGGACAGACUUCAUCACUUGCGCCUGUUUGACGAGCUUUAUGAGGUGGUUGGUCGAUCUGCGGAAGGACUUCGUGAGACCUCGUCAGCUUUGUGGCAUUCUAGAUUGGGGCACCCUUCCCUUGACAAUACGACCACGUUACAUAUAUGGAAAAAAUCCAAAAGUACCACUGUUUAAAAAAAAAAUUCAAAAAUACCACCCAACCCCAAAAAAUUCCAAAAAUACCACCCUUUUCAAAAACCGCCACCCACCCUGCGGUUUACACGAAAACCGUUUGUCGGAGGCGCGGUUUUCUAUGCAAACAGCGGGCCUAGGGGGCGGUUAUAAAAAAAAAAAAAUUUGACCUAACCGCUGGGUGGGGUGGCGGUUUUGGGUCAAACCGCCACCCCACCCAGCGGUUUGGUCCAAUUUUUUUUUUUUUUCGAUCAACUCCUAACUUCGGCCGAAACUUCAAACAAACGUAACUUUUCACUCGGGUAUCCGAUCGUAGCGAUUUUUUUUUAUUUCGCAUAACUUUUCAAGAUCUACAACUUUUACUAGGAUGAAAUUUUCAAAACUGGAACUAUUUGUGGAUAUACGGGACCUUGGGAAUAACUUUACCUUUACUUUUCACAAAUUCAUGUAUAUUUUGAAAUUAUGAUUAUAUUAAAAGUUGUAGAUCUUGAAAAGUUAUGUGGAAUCAAAAAAAAAUCAUGAAAUUAGGAUUUUGGAGCACAAAGUUAUGGCCGCCCAAAGUUUGACGAAAUCAAAAAAAGGCUCGUUCGGGGUGGCAAAUGACGUUUUUUCGAGACGAAGGCGGGACCCAGCGGUUUGCGGCUUGCAAGAUCUCAAAAAUUUAUUCAGAUUCAAAAAAUGGAGGCCGCAAACUUUUUGAGAUCUUGCAAGCCGCAUACUGCCGGGUCUCGCAUUUCGUCAAACUUUGGGGCCUCCAUUUUUUGAAUCCGAAUAACUUUGCGGCCUCCAUUUCGUCAACCCCCCCCCCCCCCCAGGCAGGUUCGUGGCCUUCGUGUUUGGAAGCCUUUCGUCCGUCUUGAUGGCUAUGAGGUCAAACUUCCUUCCUCUCUUCCUUCAUCACAACUUUGCAUUGUCUCUCCUAUUAAAUACCCAAUGGUUGCUUUUGUGUCUUAUCAUCUAUUGUCUCCUAAUGACCGGGAUUACAUUGCAACUAUCUCCCGCGUUCCUGAACCAAAGUUUUUCCAUGAAGUCGUACGUUAUAAGUUGUGGCGUGACGCCAUGACCAUUGAAGUUAAUGCUUUCGAAGCCAACGACACCUGUGAUUUAUGCGAGUUGUCCCCUGGCAAACGUCUGAGACUCCAAGUGGGUGUAUAAGAUUAAGUUCCUCCCUGAUGAACCCAUCGAGCGGCAUAAGGCUCAAGUGGUUACCAAGGUAUUUACGCAGCUUGAGGGUAUCGACUUUCAUGACACGUUUGUGCCAGUCGCUAAACUUGUCACAGUUUGAUGCGUCUUAGAUUGGCUGCUCAGCAAGGCUGGUUUCUUCUAAGCGGGGUUGAUGUGUCUAAUUCAUUAUAGAGAAAGUAAAAUGGAACUGAGUAGAUACAAGGGAUACUCAUAUCGUAUUCUCACGAGGCUCUAGUUGAUCUAUUAUUCAAAAUAAGGAUUUGUAUCUAAGCUUUGCAAUAACUUCCCACUUAUAAAUCGAAACAAAGGAAGAAUAUAUACACAUAAGAUUAAUAAAGAUAAAAAUAUACA